GACAUCUCCCCCUUGCUGGCUAGCAUCUUUGAGGACCUGUACACUGGAGAUGUUUUUGGGGAAGACCUGGAGACAAACUGGAUCAAGUCCCGAGGAGGAGACAAUGUUUAUCAUGAGAAUUUUACUGAGGAGCUACAGAAGCUUCUUGAUGAGUAUAAGUGUCAACUGAGAGAAGCUGACAGAGUAGAAGAGAACAUCAUUCAGGCGCAGGCACGGGCGAAAGAGGAAGAAGAAAGGGUCCUAAAUGUGCUGAAGGCAGAUGCGGGGGAAGAUUUCCACAAAAUGGGAUUGCCACCAGUGGCAUCCUGUUUUAGGUGGAUUGUGGAUAAUGAACUUCUCAGAAGAAAUAAUUUAACCUGCCCUGAUGAUUACAUCACUGAUAAAUUUCCUGUUACUAGAGCACCCAAAGGAAAAUCAGAACCUGGCUACGUCAAAGAGACAUUUGUUUUUAAACAGCAUGUUUCUUCACGCUUGUGGGACCAGACGCCUGCAAAGAUUGCACAUCUACAGAAAAUACCUGGUAGACUGCCAAAUGUGUCUUUAAGCACAUUAACUCUGCUUUCAACUCCAGACUCUAGCCACCAGGCUAAAAAGAUGAGUAAGAAAACUAAUGCCUCACAGAAGCUGGCCUGGAAAGAUAGUAAGUGCAAAGCUGAGGGAGAAAGUGAGCGUGCUUACCUUGCCAAACUUGAGAAAAGGCAGAAUUACUUGAAGAAUCCCCGCUUUUUCCCACCGAAUUCUCUUCAUGGAGGCAAAUCUCUUGUCAUUUCUCAAGAAAAGGUGGAACAAACCAUAGCCAGAAAGAAAGCAGAAGACGAUAAAGGUGAUAUCUCAUUUGUUCCUGUGUUUCUUGCCAAUCCACCUACUGUUGUGUUUUCUGAUUAUGAAGUUGGCCAGGUUUAUGAGAUGACUAUAGAGCUGCAAAACAUCACUUCAACAUGUCAUUAUUUAAGACUUAUCCCUCCUACCACUUCAGCAUUUGCCAUUGGGCCAGGAAAAUUUCCAGGAAAGGGAGGACUGAUUGCUCCUGGGAUGAUGUGCCAGUAUACAGUCCGAUUUACUCCUAAAUAUCCAGGAGAUUAUGAAGACUGUAUGUUAGUGGAGACUCAAGUAUCAGAACCUCUUUUGAUCCCAAUCCAAGCUAAAAGACCACCUCCAGUGUUAACAUUGCCUCAAAUUAUAGACUGUGGUCCCUGCCUUGUUGGAGGAAAAAAAAUAAUGAUGAUUUUGUGCAGAAAUGAGGGAGUUAGAACUGAGAAAUUCUCUGUAAUGCCAAAGAAGGCCUGCCCAUCUCCUAAUUUUAGGGUUGUUGCCACUGAUGGUUUUGUGAUACAAGAUCCUUUUGGGAUCCAUCCUCCUGUGUUUGAGCUAGCCCCAGGGCAGAAUAUAACAGUAGAGGUAGUGUUUUUUCCUUCUUUUCCAGAAGUCUCACAGCAGGCAUACACCAUUGUUUGUGACAAUUGCCAAGACAGUGAUGUUACAGUCACAGGGGUUGGACAGCUGAUAGCUCUGGAGCUUUUAUUUGUCACGGGUGGAGAAAGCACACCCAAACCUGGUGAAGCUACUGAUGCAACAGCACAGCAUCUCAUACGAUUUGACGCCCAAAACCCACACACCACCAAGGAGAAGAAAUUGGUUAUAAGAAACUCUACCCACGUAGAACUUCCAUUCUACUGGCAGAUAAUGAAGCCCAACCUGAAACCAUUAAUACCAGAAGAAACUGCAGACUUCAUGAAGGUCAGAUACAACCAAGACACAGAGUCAGCCUUCGUCCUAGAUCCUGAGGAGGGAGUUUUGCUUCCCUGUACAGAUCAUGAGUUUAUUCUCACUUACACUCCACAGGAGCUGAAGAGUUAUCACAGUGUGAUUCAGAUGGUACUGGUGGACGUCCCAGGAUCACCUCGUUUAGUAAAAGAUGAGAUGCUUCAAAACAUCCCAGAAUACAAAACAGAGGACGUAAUAGCACUGGGAAUAGAGGUUAAAGGACUAACAGAAGCAUUUCAUCUUCUUCUGGAACCAUACGCCAUUAUCAUCCCUGGGGAAAACUUUAUUGGUGUAAACAUCAGGAAAACAUUUAAGAUGUGGAAUAACAGCAAGUCACUGAUCGAGUACACAUGGGAGAAAAUUGUGUCCUGUGACAUCAUGGAAGUUGAACCUCACACUGGCGUCAUAGAUGUGAAUAAAUGCUGUGAAUUUGAACUGCUAAUUAUUGGAAGCAAACCUGGGUCCAUCAGCCGUAACCUGCAGUGUAAAAUUGAACCCUGUACAGAACCGGUUGUGCUGCAUGUGGAGGCUGCUUUUAAGGGUCCACUUCUUCAUGUUGACGUUCCAUCUCUCCAGUUAGGUUUGAUUAAGCAAGGUGAGAGUGUGUUGCAAACCUUUAAGGUUCAAAACCUGUGUCAGCUGCCAGCACCAUGGAAUAUGCAAGAAAGCAAGGUUUGUCUAGCUGAAAGGAAUGAAGAG